GGCGGCGGCAGCAGCGGUGGUGUGGGCUGAGGUGGCAAGGACAGCGCGGGCCCCCGGGCCUCUCCCUUGAGCGGGCGGCCCUGCUGCGCCGCCGAGGCCCCUUCAGCCUCCGCUCCUUCAGCCUCUGGGCCGGGCCCACCGCCGCCUCUGUUCGCGGAAGACGGGGAUCCCCUGCCUGGGCCCGCAGCCUCCCCUUCGGGGGUCGGGCCCGGGCGGGGGGCCCCGGGCCUCUUCCCUCCUUGCCGGCCUCUGAGCCUCAUUUCCUGCUUUUUCAGUUUCCUUGAGUAGGGGCGGGUGGGUCUGGAUGAAUUGUCGUGGGGGCCCCCGAUGAGGCGGGCCGGUGGGCCGCGCCCUUUUUGAGGGUCCCUGCGGGGCCCGGGUGGGGAAGGGGUUGUCUUUGCAUGGGCGGGGGUCUUCCCGAACCUGCCGGGACCAUGACCUGAACUGUGCCAGCGGGACGCGUCCGAAGCCCGAGAGCCAGCUCACCUGAGUCUUCCUUCUGGCCAGUAUGGCAUCUGAAGAAGCCUCCCUCAGGGCACUGGAAAGUCUGAUGACAGAAUUUUUCCAUGAUUGUACAACCAAUGAAAGAAAACGUGAGAUAGAGGAGCUUCUUAAUAACUUUGCCCAGCAAAUAGGAGCCUGGAGAUUCUGCCUGUAUUUUCUCUCCAGCACUAGGAAUGAUUAUGUAAUGAUGUACAGUUUAACGGUUUUUGAGAAUCUGAUCAAUAAAAUGUGGCUUGGGGUCCCAUCUCAGGAUAAGAUGGAAAUCCGUAGCUGCCUGCCCAAACUUCUUUUGGCUCACCAUAAAACCUUACCUUACUUUAUCCGGAACAAGCUCUGCAAAGUUAUUGUUGAUAUUGGCCGUCAAGAUUGGCCAAUGUUCUACCAUGAUUUUUUUACUAACAUUUUACAGUUGAUCCAGUCCCCUGUGACAACCCCCCUUGGGCUGAUCAUGUUGAAGACAACUUCAGAGGAACUGGCUUGUCCCCGUGAAGACCUCAGUGUGGCUCGGAAGGAGGAGUUGCGGAAGCUGCUGCUAGACCAGGUGCAGACAGUGCUUGGGCUACUGACAGGUAUCUUAGAGACCGUCUGGGACAAACACAGUGUUACUGCCGCUACUCCACCACCAUCCCCGACCUCAGGAGAAAGUGGUGACUUACUGAGUAACCUGUUGCAGAGCCCUAAUUCAGCCAAACAGUUGAAUCAGCCAAUCCCCAUCCUUGACGUGGAGAGUGAGUAUAUCUGUUCUCUGGCCUUGGAGUGCCUGGCUCAUCUCUUCAGUUGGAUUCCUCUGUCUGCCAGCAUCACCCCAUCCCUCCUUACCACCAUCUUCCACUUUGCCCGCUUUGGCUGUGACAUCCGGGCCAGAAAGAUGGCAUCAGUUAACGGCAGCAGCCAGAACUGUGUCUUGGGUCAGGAGCGUGGCCGGCUUGGGGUCCUGGCCAUGUCCUGCAUCAAUGAACUCAUGUCCAAGAACUGUGUGCCUGUGGAAUUUGAGGAGUAUCUACUGCGUAUGUUCCAGCAGACUUUCUACCUCCUGCAGAAAAUCACCAAGGAUAACAAUGCCCACACGGUGAAGAGCAGACUAGAAGAACUUGAUGAGAGCUACAUCGAGAAGUUUACUGACUUUCUCCGGCUCUUUGUGAGUGUUCACCUAAGAAGAAUCGAGUCCUACUCUCAGUUCCCUGUGGUGGAGUUUUUGACACUUUUGUUCAAGUACACAUUUCAUCAGCCUACUCACGAAGGUUACUUCUCUUGUUUGGAUAUCUGGACGCUCUUUUUGGACUAUCUGACAAGUAAAAUUAAAAGUCGUCUGGGAGACAAGGAAGCAGUUCUCAACAGGUACGAAGAUGCCCUGGUCCUCUUGCUCACAGAGGUGUUGAAUCGAAUCCAGUUCAGAUACAACCAGGCCCAGUUGGAGGAGUUGGAUGAUGAGACUCUGGAUGAUGAUCAGCAGACAGAGUGGCAGCGGUACUUACGCCAGAGCUUGGAGGUGGUGGCCAAAGUGAUGGAGCUCCUUCCCACCCACGCCUUCUCAACACUGUUCCCAGUUCUUCAGGACAAUUUAGAAGUUUAUCUGGGGUUACAGCAAUUUAUAGUUACUUCAGGGUCAGGACACCGGUUGAACAUCACAGCGGAAAAUGACUGCCGGCGAUUGCAUUGUUCCCUGAGAGAUUUGAGCUCCCUGCUGCAGGCUGUGGGCCGGUUAGCCGAGUACUUUAUCGGUGAUGUGUUUGCUGCACGGUUCAGCAAUGCCCUCACCGUCGUGGAGAGAUUAGUCAAAGUCACUCUGUAUGGAUCUCAGAUAAAAUUGUACAACAUUGAGACUGCUGUGCCAUCAGUACUGAAACCUGACCUCAUUGAUGUGCAUGCUCAGUCCCUGGCUGCUCUCCAGGCUUACUCUCACUGGUUAGCACAGUAUUACAGUGAAGUUCAUCGGCAGAGUACACAGCAGUUUGUUUCUCUGAUCUCUACUACCAUGGAUGCAAUCACACCUCUAAUCAGCACCAAGGUCCAAGACAAGUUGCUGCUGUCUGCGUGCCACUUACUGGUCUCGCUAGCCACCACUGUGCGGCCAGUCUUUCUGAUCAGCAUCCCUGCAGUACAGAAAGUGUUCAACAGAAUUACCGAUGCCUCUGCCCAGCGACUUGUCGACAAGGCUCAGGUGUUGGUGUGCCGAGCCCUCUCUAAUAUCCUGCUGCUUCCAUGGCCAAACCUUCCCGAGAAUGAGCAGCAGUGGCCUAUGCGCUCCAUCAACCAUGCUAGCCUCAUCUCCGCACUCUCCCGAGACUACCGCGACCUGAAACCCAGUGCUGUUGCUCCACACAGGAAGGUGCCGCUGGAUGACACCAAAAUGGUUAUCCACCAGACACUUAGUGUCUUAGAAGAUAUCGUGGAGAAUAUCUCUGGGGAAUCCACCAAGUCCCGACAGAUCUGCUACCAGUCGCUGCAGGAAUCCGUUCAGGUCUCCCUGGCCCUCUUUCCAGCUUUUAUCCAUCAGUCAGAUGUGACUGAUGAGAUGCUGAGCUUCUUCCUCACUCUGUUUCGAGGCCUUAGAGUACAGAUGGGUGUGCCUUUCACUGAACAGAUUAUACAGACUUUCCUCAAUAUGUUUACCAGAGAACAGUUGGCUGAGAGCAUCCUCCACGAAGGCAGCACAGGCUGUCGAGUGGUCGAGAAGUUUCUGAAGAUCCUGCAGGUGGUGGUCCAGGAGCCUGGCCAGGUGUUCAAGCCAUUCCUUCCCAGCAUCAUCUCCCUGUGCAUGGAGCAGGUGUAUCCCAUCAUUGCUGAGCGUCCCUCCCCUGAUGUGAAGGCUGAGCUGUUUGAGCUCCUUUUCCGGACGCUCCAUCACAACUGGAGGUACUUCUUCAAGUCCACUGUCCUGGCCAGUGUCCAGAGGGGGAUUGCCGAGGAACAGAUGGAGAAUGAGCCCCAAUUCAGUGCCAUCAUGCAGGCUUUUGGACAGUCCUUUCUCCAGCCUGACAUCCACCUGUUUAAACAAAAUCUGUUCUACUUGGAGACUCUCAACACCAAGCAGAAGCUAUACCACAAGAAGAUUUUCCGGACCACCAUGCUGUUCCAGUUUGUGAAUGUGCUGCUGCAAGUCCUAGUCCACAAGUCCCACGACCUUCUGCAGGAGGAGAUCGGCAUUGCCAUUUACAACAUGGCUUCGGUCGACUUUGAUGGCUUCUUUGCAGCCUUCCUCCCAGAGUUCCUGACCAGCUGUGAUGGUGUGGAUGCCAACCAGAAAAAUGUGCUGGGACGGAAUUUCAAGAUGGAUCGGGACCUGCCCUCGUUCACCCAGAAUGUGCACAGGCUGGUCAAUGACCUGCGCUACUACAGACUCUGCAACGACAGCCUGCCCCCUGGCACUGUGAAGCUCUAGGCUCGGCCCUGCACGCCUGCACGCCUGCUCGGCCUGCUUACCUCCUAAGGGACACCACCUUCUGCCGCUGCCACCUGCACCACCUCCACCUUCCACCACAGAUGUCUCCCAGACAAGUCUCGGCCACUCUUUGGAUUCUCACAAACUGAGCAGCAUUGCCUGCCCCCCGCCCCUCCUCCAUUCUCCUCUCCUGCCUCCCACCCAGCAGAACUGGCUUCAGGGUGUAGCUUAGCCCUGGUUGGAGUUCCAGUUCCAGGGUGUUGGGAGCAGGUGGAGGGUCAUGUGGCCGGACACCAGGAAGGUGCCGGGAAAUCCCAUGGGGUGGUCCGUGCGGAACACGUGGGUAUCAGUCAUGAGAGACAACUGCCAAGGACAGCUUAAUGACAGUGGCACCUUCUCACCAUUCCACCUCCCCACCCCUCCCCGGCCCAGCUGGCCAAGUAGAGACAUGAUGUCGGAACUAUUUUGGUAUUUCUGUCAAGCCCCCACCUUCCCCCAGUUGCCUUGAAGUCUCUGCUCUCUGUCAGAGACUUGCAAAGACUCAUGUUUUUGUUGUUCUUGUUUUCUCAUCAUUCCAUUGUGAUACUAAGAAAGUAAGAAGCUUAAUGAAAAAAUAAAAUGCUUAUGUUGUUGUUAUAUAAACACUGGUUAAGGCGCUUC